UAACUGGAGGCUGUGUCUUCAUGUUUUGUUCACAGAAUCCAGGUAGAAAGAGCAGGGUCACCAGUACCAAGCUGUCUUUCUUUGAAGAGUGAUCGUUCAAUGGAACCUCCACUCAAGUUCAGAGGAGAGUUCACAGGUGACCAAAGGGUCCAGGUAGAAAGAGCAGGGUCACCAGUACCAAGCUGUCUUUCUUUGAAGAGUGAUCGUUCAAUGGAACCUCCACUCAAGUUCGGAGGAGAGUUCACAGGUGACCAAAGGGUCCAGGUAGAAAGAGCAGGGUCACCAGUACCAAGCUGUCUUUCUCUGAAGAGUGAUCGUUCAAUGGAACCUCCACUCAAGUUCGGAGGAGAGUUCACAGGUGACCAAAGGGUCCAGGUAGAAAGAGCAGGGUCACCAGUACCAAGCUGUCUUUCUUUGAAGAGUGAUCGUUCAAUGGAACCUCCACUCAAGUUCGGAGGAGAGUUCUCAGGUGACCAAAGGGUCCAGGUAGAAAGAGCAGGGUCACCAGUACCAAGCUGUCUUUCUUUGAAGAGUGAUCGUUCAAUGGAACCUCCACUCAAGUUCAGAGGAGAGUUCACAGGUGACCAAAGGAUUCUGCAGUCACUACAGUCCUGCUAUUUAGAAGAGAAGAGUUCAGAGAAAUUAUCUUACCCAAGACAGUCUCUCCUGAGCACACCGAUGAAGCUGAAGAAGGACAAAAAGUUGAAACUGUUUCAGAGCCAUCUGAGUCAGGAUUGUCCAGAAUGCUUAAAGAGUCUGUCUGAAGAUCCUUCUAUACUGGAUAAGUUUAUGAAGAUGAAGGAAUUGUUCAAGAGUCAUCAAAUUGCUGAUUACCCAGAAUGCACUGAGAGCGAGCAGGAGGAUCCUGAGGCCCUGUACAUAGUUGAGAAGUUGCUGGAGACCUGUGGCAGUAAGAGAUCUCUGCAGAUCACACUCCACAUCCUGAGGAACAUGAAGCAGAAGGAUCUCGCCGACUCACUGGAGAGAGAUGAGCAGCACAAUGAAUCCAUAAAAAGAGCCCAGCAGGAACUGAAAACUCAUCUGAAGAAGAAGUUUGAAUGCAUAUUUGAAGGAUUAGCAAAUCAGGGCCACCCAACCCUCCUCAAUGAGAUCUAUACAGAGCUCUACAUCACAGAGGGGGGAAGUGGGGAGGUCAAUAAUGAACAUGAGGUCAGACAGAUUGAGACAGCAUCCAAGAGUCAAACCACACAGGAGACUGCAAUCCUCUGCAAUGACAUAUUUAAGCCUUUACCUGGACAAAAGAAACCCAUCAGAACUGUGCUUACAAAGGGCAUCGCUGGCAUUGGGAAAACCGUCUCUGUGCAGAAGUUCAUUCUGGACUGGGCAGAAGGAAAAGCCAAUCAGGAUAUUGAUUUCAUCUUGACUCUCCCUUUCCGAGAUCUGAAUUUGAAGAAGGAAAGAGCAUUCAGUCUGAUGCAACUUCUGCAGCACUACUUUCCACAGCUGAAAGAGAUCAAAAGUGUUGAAGGUGAUGAAGUCAAAGUGGUGUUUAUCUUCGAUGGUCUAGAUGAGUGUCGACUUCCUCUAGAUUUCCAAAGCAAUAAGAACUGCUGUGAUAUAACAGAGUCAUCAUCAGUGGAUGUGCUGCUGACCAACCUCAUUAAGGGAAAUCUGCUUCCAUCUGCUCUCCUCUGGAUCACCUCCCGACCAGCAGCAGCCAGUCAGAUCCCUCCUGAGUAUGUCCACCAGGUGACAGAGGUACGAGGGUUCAAUGACCCACAGAAGGAGGAGUACUUCCGGAAGAGAAUCAGAGAUCAGAACCUGGCCAGCAGAAUUAUCUCACAUAUAAAGUCAUCCAGGAGUCUCUACAUCAUGUGUCACAUACCAGUCUUUUGCUGGAUUUCUGCUACUGUUCUGGAGAUAAUGUUGGGUGAAACAGAGAGUGGAGAUCUGCCCAAAACUCUGACUGAAAUGUACACACACUUCCUGCUCAUUCAGACUAAUGUGAAGAAUCAGAAGUAUCAUGGCACUGAUGAGACAGACCCAAAGAAGAUGUCAGCAUCAGAUACAGAAAUCAUCCUGAAACUGGGCCAGCUGGCUUUUCAACAGUUGGAAAAGGGAAAUCUGAUAUUCUAUGAAGAGGACCUGAGAGAGAGUGGCCUUGAUGUCAGUGAAGCUUCAGUGUACUCUGGGGUGUGCACAGAGAUCUUUAAAGAGGAGUGUGGGUUAUAUCAGGAGACGGUCUACUGCUUUGUGCAUCUGAGCAUUCAGGAGUAUCUGGCUGCCUUGUUUGUGUUUCAUUCAUGUGUAAAUGUGAACAGAAAUGUACUCAGAGCAGAUGAAUCAAAACCUCACAGUGACGGACUGGAGCUGUCUGAGUUUCUCAAGACUGCACUGGAUAAGGCCUUAGGGAGUAAGAAUGGACACCUGGACCUUUUCCUUCGAUUCCUUCUUGGCCUCUCUCUGGAGUACAUUCAGUCUUUCAUAGGGGGAAUAAUGACAGGAAGUCGAUCUGAUGCAGAAAGACACAAAACAAUGCCCAGUUUUACUCUAUUUCUCGGUCUAUGGGCAGAAAGCAGAUCACAGAGCAUUGAGAAAACAGUCCAGUACAUUAAGAUGAAGAUCAGAGAGGAAUCUUCAGCAGAGAGGACCAUCAAUCUGUUCCACUGUCUCAAUGAACUGAAUGACAACUCUCUAGUGGAGGAAAUCCAGAAUUACCUUAAAUCAGGAAAACGUUCUGAUACAAAACUGGAACCAGGCCAGUGUUCAGCUCUGGCCUUUGUGUUACUGAUGUCAGAGGAGAUCCUGGAUGAGUUUGACUUGAAGACCUACAACACAUCGGCAGCAGGUCAUCAGCGACUGCUACCAGUAAUCAGGAGCUGCAGGAAGGCCAAACUGAACAGCUGUGACCUCACACAGAAGUCCUGUGAUAUUGUGGCCUCAGCUCUCCAGUCAUCAAACUCACCUUUGACAGAUCUGGACCUCAGCUGCAAUGACCUGGGAGAUUCAGGAGUGGAGCUGCUCUCUGCUGGACUGAGGAGUCCAAACUGUAAACUACAGAGACUGGGACUGAACAACUGCAAACUCACAAAGAAGUCCUGUGAUAUUGUGGCCUCAGCUCUCCAGUCAUCAAACUCACCCCUGAGAGAUCUGGACCUCAGCUGCAAUAACCUGGGAGAUUCAGGAGUGGAGCUGCUCUGUGCUGGACUGAUGAGUCCAAACUGUAAACUACAGAGACUGGGACUGAACAACUGUAAACUCACACAGAAGUGCUGUAAUAUUGUGGCCUCAGCUCUCCAGUCAUCAAACUCACACCUGAGAGAUCUGGACCUCAGCUGCAAUAACCUGGGAGAUUCAGGAGUGGAGCUGCUCUGUGCUGGACUGAUGAGUCCAAACUGUGAACUACAGAGACUGGGACUGAAAAAGUGUAAACUCACACAGAAGUGCUGUAAUAUUGUGGCCUCAGCUCUCCAGUCAUCAAACUCACCCCUGAGAGAUCUGGACCUCAGCUGCAAUAACCUGGGAGAUUCAGGAGUGGAGCUGCUCUGUGCUGGACUGAUGAGUCCAAACUGUGAACUACAGAGACUGGGACUGAACAGCUGUGACCUCACAGAGAAGUCAGGUAAUAUUGUGGCCUCAGCUCUCCAGUCAUUAAACUCACCCCUGAGAGAUCUGGACCUCAGCUACAAUAACCUGAGAGAUUCAGGAAUGGAGCUGCUCUGUGCUGGACUGAUGGAUCCAAGCUGUAAACUGCAGAGACUGGGACUGAACAACUGUGAACUCACACAGACGUGCUGUAAUAUUGUGGCCUCAGCUCUCCAGUCAUCAAACUCACCCCUGAGAGAUCUGGACCUCAGCUACAAUAACCUGGGAGAUUCAGGAGUGGAACUGCUCUGUGCUGGACUGAGGAGUCCAAACUGUAAACUACAGAGACUGGGGCUGGGUUGGUGUAAUCUCACAGAGGGCUGCUGUGAUGUUCUAGCCUCAGUCCUGCGUUCUCCUCACUCAGAGCUGAGAGAUCUGGAGCUCAGAGACAACAAGCUGCAGGAUUCAGGAGUGAGAGCGCUCUCUACUGGACUGGAGGACCCACACUGUAAACUGCAUAGAAUGGGGCUGUCAGGCUGUAGAGUCACACAGAGAGGCUGUCAUUCUCUGGCUUCAGCUCUGUGUUCAAACCCCUCACACCUGAGAGAGCUGGACCUGAGAUACAAUCACCCAGGAGACUCAGGAGUGAGAGGGCUGUCUGCUGCUAAUCUAGACACACUCACACUGCUUGUGGACCAUGGAGGAGAGAACAGGACCAAACCAGGACCCAGGAAGUACAGCUGUCAGCUCACACUGGAUCCAAACACAGCGUGCAGAGAGCUGUCUCUGUCUGAGGGGAACAGGAGGGUGACACACACACCGGGGAGAGAGGAGCCAUAUCCUGAUCAUCCAGAGAGAUUUGAGUCUCUGCUCCAAGUUGUGUCCAGAAAGAGUGUGUGUGAGCGCUGUUACUGGGAGGCUGAGUUCAGUCUGUCUGAGGGGGGAGUGGUUUAUAUAGCAGUGACUGAUAAAGGAAUCAGCAGGAAAGGAGAGGGUUCUGACUGUAUGUUUGGAUUCAAUAUAAACUCCUGGAGCCUUAGGUGCUCUAAACUCAGUGACUCUGAUAAACUCAGAUACUAUGUCUGGCACAAUGAGAACCGAACACACAUACCUGCCCCCCCCUCCCCCUACCGCAUGGCAGGAGUGUGUGAUGCUGGUAGAGGAGUGUGUGUGCGCAGGGUAGGAGUGUGUGUGGACCGUCCGGCCGGCACUCUGUCCUUCUACAGCGUCUCUGACUCUGACACACUGACCCUCCUGCACAGAUUCCACACACACUUCACUCAACACACACCCCUCUGUGCUGGAUUUAGAGUGUGGGGUGACUGCUCAGUGUCCCUCUGCUAACUGGAGUAGAGACACAUACACACACUCACACACACACAAACAUGCACACACGCACAUGCACGCACACAUGCACACACACACACACACGUGCGCAUACACACCCGCAUGCAUGCACGCACGCACACACACUCACGUACACACACACACACCACAUUCACGUACCCACUCACACACACACACACACCACACACUCAUAUACACAUACACACACACACACUCAAUCACACACUUACAUAUAUAUAUAUAUUCACACUCAUAUGCACCUAGACCCACACACACACGCACUCACACACCUACACACACUCAGUCACACACACAUACACACGCCCUCUCUCUCUCACAUAUACUCCAUCACACACACUCUCACACACACACCCUUGCUCUCUCAGUCAUGCACACACGCUCACACACCCAGUCACUCACACACACCUCCACACAGACACACACAAUCUCACGCACACGCAUGCAAACAUACACAUGCUUAUACCCGUAUGCACACACACACACACUCUUUCUCUCACUCACACACUCACAUACAGUAUACAGACACACACAUUUGCAAACGCAUGCGCACACACACAUACUCAUGCACUCACGCACAAACACAAACAUGCAACCCGGGCACACACACACACGCAUACUCACGCACUCACACACAUGUUCACAUCAACAGUCACUCCCACAAACGUACGCAUGCACACACACAUUCACAAAU